UUCUCGAGAGGGAGGAAACCGAGACAGUUCUUCCUCCGUAAUUGACUUUUCCGUCCCCGUCCCGUGAACAUCUUAAUGGUUUAUCAUUAAGAAGUGAUCAAACCACUACAAUGCGAAGAAAUUGUAAGAUCAUACGAUUGAUACUUGCAACGAGUUCGAGCCUCAUUUCUCAACUGACACGACUUUGAAUUACUUCCCCAUUCUUACAAACCAAAUCCCAUUUCUUCAUUUUUCGUAGCUCACUUCAUCUCUUUCGCCCCUCAAAUUCUCCUCUCUGGACCAUGACCGUCAAGGUUGAACUCCAGAAGAUUGGAAUUCUUGGGCUUCAGCUAAUGUGGCAUUUCCUGCAUUUGAUUCUUAGCUCAUUUUACUUUGUGGUUGGUAUUGCCACAACACUUGAAAGUUAUUUGAUAUCAUGUGGACUCCUACGCAAGUACAAUCGUCUUAGUAUAGAGAUUGUUAAAUAUCUUGCCAUUGUGGUGGAUAGUGAUGAAGCUUAUAAUACUUUAAAAAUUAUUGAACUUCUGCAAUGGUUAGCAUCGUUGGGCAUUAGAAGCAUUUGCUUGUAUGAUGUUGAAGGGGUGCUUAAGCAAUCCAAGGAAAUCAUUUUGAAGAAAGUAAACAAUGCGUCGGUGUUUCAGGACAUUACUCUGGAGUUCAUAUCAAUCUCUGAUGGAAAGGAAGCCGUUGCCAAAGCAGCUAAUUUUCUUCUUGAAAAUAAGUUCAGAAAAACGAACAUGAGCGAAGAUCACAGGCGGCGCUUUUCUGAAUCUCAGAUGACUGAGGCUUUAAAAGCAGUUGGUUGUGGAGGACCUGAUCCCGACCUUAUGUUAGUAUAUGGACCUAUACGAUGUCACUUAGGGUUUCCUGCAUGGAGAAUUCCCUACACAGAGAUUCUACACAUGGGACCAUUGAAAUCCAUGAAGUAUGGUUCCCUGGUGAAAGCCAUUUACAAAUUUACCAUGGUGCGGCAAAACUAUGGUAAAUGAAGUGAAGUAUUGAAAGCUUCUGCAGUGAUGGAAGGCCAAUGAAGCAAAGAUAAGAUUUAGGAGUUUUGAACACUUAGUUUUAUGGAUCUUAAAUACUAGGAUUUUAUUAUAUCAUCAAUCUUUUAAUUACUGUAAAGAAAAAUUCAUAAAUAAUAUAGGGUACCAUAUAAAAUAUAGUCAUUUC